GCUCGCGAGGGAGACCCGACGAGAGAAGAGGCUCAUCCGGGCGGACUCCCGCCUCGCCCCAUGACGCGCAGCCUGCGGACAUGAAGCUGUUCCUGCUGCUGGCGGCAGCCUCGGCCUGCGUCGCCGCGAGUCCCCUGAAAGAUCCCCUAAUAUGCGGAAGCCCAAAAUGUCAAGGAUCGGAGAAGUUCCAGUACGCGGUGGGGACGAGCUACCGCUACCAGUACGUGGUGGACGUGAGGACCUUGUUCGAGGGCACCAGCACCAACCAGUCCACUCUGCACGUGGAGGCCGAGGUGGAGCUGAAGUUCUCCACGCCCUGCGAGGGCACGCUCAAGGUAGGACGUGUGUCCCUUUCGGAGCAAAGCACCAGCGAGGGCGAAUAUGACGACGCUGAGUACUCGGUGCAGGAGCUGGCAGAGUCGGCGGCCUUCGGCAAGGCAAUCGCACAACACGAUCUCAGGUUCGGCUUCGAAGACGGCAUCGUCUCGGAGUUGUGUCCCGAGGACAGCGAGCUGAGUUGGGUGCUCAACUUCAAGCGGGGCAUCCUGUCCGCCUUCCACAACUCCAUGAAGAGGUUUGACAUUGACUUCAAGGGCAUGGAGGAGGACGUCAACGGGCAGUGUGCGACCAUGUACCAGCUGAGUGGCGCCAGCAAGACCAGCCUCAAAAUACAGAAGAGCAAGGACCUGACAACUUGCAGCGCACGCUACAAGCACCACACCGUCCUGCAGACCACGCCAUACAUCUUUCACUCGAACUACCAGGCGCCGCCUGUGAUGCGCUCCAGCUCGCGAUGUCACCUCACGGUCGACCACAACGUCUACACGAGCGUCGGCUGCGAGGAGCGGCACGUGUUCCGGCCGUUCAGCGGCGCUGCCAGCGGCGCCACCACCGUCACCGCCCAGAGCCUCACGCUGUUCGCGGAGAACAACGCCACCGCGAGCGACGACGACGAUGACCCAGGCGUGGUGACCAGGCGGACGAGCCUGCUGUUCGACCACGACCUCACGCCCAAGCCCACCACCGGGGAGCUGAAGGCGUCGCGAGACCUCGUGAAGGUCAUGUGCAGGCUCUCUACCGAUGACAUCCAGAGGGACUUCCCCAACGUCUUCACACAGUUCAUCCACACAGCGCGGCUGCUGUCGUCCCAGGCCCUGACGCAGCUCUUCAGCAGGGCCAACAGCAUAUGUCGUAGUGGCAGGAAGCACGUGACGGACGCGCUGCCCCUGCUGGGCAGCAACGCAGCGGUCGCCGUCAUGAUGGACCUGGUGCAGAAGGGCCGCGUCUCGGAGGAGACGGAGCGCGAUUGGCUGUUCCUCGUCUCCUUCCUGCCGAGGUAGGUGACACUGGACAGGGUGUAAUGCUGGAUUCACAAUUGAAAAAAUAACAGUAACAGUAACAGUAACAGUAGGUCGUGUGCAUAGGAUAUGAAUGCCAUGUUUCCUAACCUAACGAUUCACAACAGCAAAAAGUUGGUCGUGUGCACGGGAGCGAGGUCGUGCGCAUAGGAGUGAAAUGAAUAUAUUUUAUUUCGGUCGCGUACGCAUGGCACAACAGCCAAUGAGAGAAGAGCAGUGUGCUUUUUUGGCGGGACUAGAAAUAUGUUUAUAUUUAUUAACCAUAUUGUGGUAAGAAAAUGUCGAGAUAAUAAAAGUAUUAACGUUAUUUUGAAAGUUAAUAUGUUUAUUUACUAACACUGCUAACAGAUGUCGCAUAGUUUGCGAAAUUUCAUUGGCUAAAAUUAGCAGUAAAAAUUCAAUUGUGAACUGACUUCGCAGUUCGCACAGGUCGUGUGCACAGGUCGAGUGCAUGGCUUGCUAUGCACCCGCUUAAUUUUUUUAAUUGUGAACCCAGCCUUAGAAUAUCGGAUAAAUAAAAGUCGGCAGAGCUUACAAAACACGUUUACUGUCCCACACAACAAAAAAAAAAAAAAACAAGCCGGUCACCAGUCUAGCCAAUAACAUAACAAUAAAACCUACCAUGUUUUCUCAUAUUUCAAACAGACGAUAAUUCAUUCUCCAACACAGGGGCCGUGAAGCUCUCAUUUCAAGUUAGUCCCUAGCGCUAUCGCCAACCUCGAAAUUUAAGUACCAACCGGUAUGUUUUUGAAGGUGUGCUUUGCACUGGAGCGAAAAUAAUACAGCGAAACCCCUUAUUUACGUUACCGUUAUUUACGUUUUCCCGUUAUUUGCACUAUAUUCUUCAGGUCCCGGUUAGUUCCCAUUUAGUCCAAUACAAUACUUUCCCGCGAAUUACGUCUCAAAAAUCGAAUCCAUCCCGCUAUUUACGUCACGUAACAACUGUAAACAACCAGAAAAUACCGUGGAGCUAGUAGGCUUAAAAACAUCGUGAAAAACGUAACGUUUAUAGUCGGCAAUGAACAUUUUAAAUCGCAAAAUAUACAUAUUUCAUAACAUGAAAAGUUGCUUUUAUUUCUAACCAUGUAAUAAUUUAAGCCUAGGCGUAUAAAAGUACGAGUAAUUAUAGAAGACAAUCUAAAAUGCACGAGGAAAAAACGUAAACUCACGAAUGUACAAACAUGGCUGCGUCCUGAUACUGUAUUUAUGUCACAACUUAGCCGAAAUACUGGUACGAGACAUAAACUUCACAAGAUAAAAUGAGCGAAGUCUUGGUAACUGCUUUAUACAUCUUUUAUAAUUUCGGAAGUAUUGUACAUUUGACGCAUAUUUUUUAAACUAACCAUUUAUUUCUGGGGAUCGUAAAUAAUUAAUUAUUGGUAUCAAGACAUCACGAUAAACGUAAACUUGAACAUGUCACGGCAGCGAGAAAACUGGUGCGUAUACCAAUCAACUGGUAUUAGAACUCGAUAAAAUUGGUACACGGGAGGUGGAGCUUAUAUUUUUUUCCGCUAAGCUCGCAUCUAUUGGCUGGCUGCUGAUGGCAGGUCAUGAGUCUGGGCGGAGCAUAGAGUGCGCAUGCGCCGCCGCGUCGUUACAGCAGCUGACCGAGUACAAUGACCUUUCUCCGCGUACGGCGCGCUAUUGACGGUAAAUUUUAAUCAAUUUGCGGCCUUUUUUUUUUUUAAUAUUUUUUUUUACUGUGAGCAAUGUGUAUGUAGCCCGUAUUUGUUAUAAACCCUGCCGGUUGCAACUGUAUUUAUAAUUUGGAGAGGCAAAUAAUCUCCUUAAACAGCCAAAAAAGCAAGCAGAAGAAAAUUUCAGAUUUUUUUGUUAGGAAGUAAUCAGAAAAACAUAUUGGCUUUCAUUCUUUUUUUAUUUUUGUCAAAUGUGGUAAAUUAAUAAUUGAUUAAAUACUAAAGUAAAAUUUGUUGUUAGUGUGUUUGUACCUGCAUUAUAGUAUGUGCUAUUAAACAAAAAGAAAAAAAUUCUAAAUAAGGUAAACUGUACUCCUUUUUAUACUUUUCCCUUUAUUUACACUUUCCCGCUUUUUACACUUUUUUACUUUGUCCCCAUGAAAAGUGCAAAUAAGGGGUUUUGCUGUAUUGUUUUUCUGACAACCUAACAAUAGUUGUUUUGCAUCUUUAAAUAUGUAAACACUUAUAAAGAUAUUAGUAUGGUCACACUGUUUCUCUUGGUUGGUUUUUGUGGAAGAAGUUUUCAGUCUUACGCACGUUUAUACUUUUGUGUUUUUUUAUUUUUUAUUUUGCUGUAAAACUUGAAAACUUGACAAUUUUUUUUAAAAAGUCAACAAUGAUACGGAAAUUCAAAUGAAAUGGUUAAACAAGUGCUCUUAUAGUAUCGCUUUCCCAUAUCUUGCAUGUCAUGCACAUUUUAUUUGGGCUUGCUCUUUGUUUGUUUCAAUGCUAGUAUGCCAAGUAUUUUUGAGCAAGAGUUGAAUGUUUCCAUUUGUGGUAUUACUUUGAAGUGUUGGAAAUUCAAGAAUACACAUUGUUUACAAGGGUUUUUGUUAUUAUGUAAACAGUUUCAUCAUGACAUUGGGGAAUCCUUAAAUACGUUGUGACAAAGUUUUAGGUUUGUUUUAGCGUUAAAAUUUAUAUUGGUGGUUUUAUGUACUUAAAGAGAAAUCAAGAACCCGGGGGGAGGGGGGGCGGGAAUCAUUUUGUUCAGCCCCUUCCUUAUUUAAACCCCUCAAAAAACUUAACAUUACUGUGAUCAUAGAUGUAAACAUGAUCUGUGUGUAUCACAUUACUUGAAAAGUAUGAAUUAUUAAUCAAGAGACAUCAUUUUCAUCGUAUCAGUGUAAUUCCAAGCAUUAAAAAAAUAUUGGAACUCAAAUGAAGUCUAUACUCGCCUCCUUCAACCCACAUCUUGUCCUUACCCUCCAGAAUUCUUCUUUGUUCGUCUGUGUUGUCACCAUUGUUUUGCCACAAUAUUUGUUUAAUUUCAUCGCUGUGUUUACACGUGUGUUGCUGUAUUGUUAUACUGUUCAGGUUAUAUGUUUUGAAUCAUCACUGGGUUCCUUUAUUUAUCGCUGUUUUGUCCAGGGUGGUUGUUCAUCUGUAUUUACUGUUCUUGUCGCAACUGUCUUGUUUGUCGUCAGCCCACUGGGGGGUUCGUAUGUGCUGUGACAAGUGUUCUUACUAAUUCGGUCUACAGAAUUCUCUGUGCUAUUUAGGCAUUUAACAUUUGACAUCAGCUAAUUUUUGGCUUGGUUUUCUGUGUGUGGUCAUCUUUGGUUUGUCUGUUCUUCAGUCUUUCUCUAUGACACACAGUGUAAACCAGCAAUGGUGUAUGUCAAAUACAUAUAAUGUUUGAAAUCAAACUUCCUCAUUGCAAGAAUCAUUCAAAGAACGCGGUAGAUACAUUCGACCCCCACGUCCUUGGUAGAUAAGCCCUGUCCGUGGUCAAGACAGGAUGCCCGGUGGCAGGGGCUUAGUCAGGGGGGGGGGGGAGUUAGGGGUUAUAACCCCCUCCUUAGACCCAAUUCUUUUUUCUUAACUGAAAGGAGGUAAGCUAAAAGCCUGGGUGUCUUACUGCUAUCACCGGCCACUGCACUGGAGGGGAAGAGUAAGCGAGCCCUACCGAUUCUCCUUACCUUCCUCUACCCCUGUCGCCAGCAGAAGCUAUAAGGUUGUGACGCCGUGACGGGUCCCAAGCUUUCAAAUAUCUUACACCUACUGUAUUUAACCAGCGUGGUAAUUAUAAGCAGGUGUUGACUGGGCUUCCAAAAGUGUAAGGAUCGCUGCAUGUGUAUAGAAUUGAGACGACGACAUGGUGUCAUGUAACUCUUCAAGCUAAAGCUAAUUGUUUCCAGGAAUAGAUCAGUUCUGCCGAAACCCAACCCUUUUUAUUCCUUUUUUUUUUGUAUUGUCGAGCUUCAACCAUGAUUUAUGAUUUCGAGUGGACGUAAACAAGGCACUUGGAUUGAUAAAAAAUAUCUUUGAUUAAUUUCUUACUUCAUCACUGGAACAAUUUUUUUUUAUUAAAAAAUUAAUAAUAUUUUCACCAUUACAAAAUUUUUAAGUUAAGUACCGAAAACUGCUAAAAUAGCACUAUUGUACACCUUAAAAUCCAAAUUUUUACCGGGGGUCGGACCCCCGGACUCCCCCGCUUUAUUAGAAGGGGGGGGACCGUGCUUCUUAACCCCCCCCCCCCCAUACACAAGUCCUGGCCACGCCACUGCCCGGUGGGU